CCUGGGGCACCAGAUCUCGCACCAAUUUCCCAGGCUAAUCUCACUGUUUCUAUCCUCCGAUAUAUAUUUUUCAUCUCCCUGACUCCCUCUGCUAAUGGUUAGACACUAAGCAUAGCAAAUCCAGAGAGUCAUAGGUGGGCACUUAAGUUUAGUUAGAUAUAUUUCCUAUCUUUGUCACCUUUUUUUUUUCGACCAAACAUUCAUUGAUGAAGGAGGGCGCGCGGGUACCGCAUAAAAACGGGCCUGGCCAGGGAGUGAGGCGGCCAACCAAUCAGGUAAGGAGCAGCAAAGCUUAGCCGGCCACCAUGCUAUCGGGGCAGCAGAUGAGGAUGUUCUCCAAGGUGGAUCCAAGCUUGAACGCGGCCGUCCGUGGUGAUAAGGUGGUUCUUGUCCGUGCUGACCCCACCGACGAGUCCCAGCGCUGGAUCCAGGACCACGACAACGUCGGGAGAGUGACCGAUGCGCAGGGUCGCAGGGCAUUUGCACUGGUGAAUGUGGCCACAGGAAAAGCCCUGGUGCACGCCAGGGGGAAACUGCAGCUGGCUCCAUAUGCAGGUCAUGAUGGCGUGGAGAUCUCCAAGCUGUGGUCACUGGGAGUGAAGUUCGAUGAUGGCUUUUGCGAAGUAAGAGAUCUCAGUAACAUGGACCGCACUAUCAACGUUACAGGAGGGAUGGGAGUUGAUCUCGUCCGGUACCACAAAUCGGAACUAACUUACGAUUUUACCGUCUGGAAGAUUGUUCCCAUCACCAGCGAGUGAUCCACGCAGGUUUUCUGUACCUAUGACUGCCACCCAAAAGAUGAGAAAGACUACAUGACGACCACACCAUUUUCAGAAUUGAUUUCUUUGGCAGGAUCGCUGGUAUGGUUUCCAUUCUGCGGAAGAUGAACAAAUCUUUGGGCUCAAAAGGACCAAGAAUAUUAAAGAAGAACCGGCACAACUUAAUUAAUUUUCUAGUUUGGUUUGCUUGCAGAAUGUCGUCUCUUAUAUCCACUUGUUAUGCGCACAUUAUAAACAAAAAUUGCCUAUGGACGGGCAUAUAUGUAUCUUUUCCUUGUAUUGAUUCUAAAUUAAUGUACGACAAUGCAUGAAAUCAACCCUAUAAAGAAAGAAUUCUUUUUGGUGUA